AUGGGCAACUUCGGUCCUGGAGGGCCGGUGUUCUGCCAAAAAGUUUCUAGUAUUCCUACUUUACCCAGAGCUACAGUGAGAGUAACACCAGACAGAUCUGUGUUCACUGGAGAGACAGUCACUCUGAAGUGUGAGAUAGAGGAUCAGGACAGAUCAUUAAACUGGACAUAUCGGUGGGAUAACAGACGUACUUCAGUGUUUAACUCUGAGCGUUACACUGUAGACGGAGACUCUCUCACUAUCAAUGGAGUUACUGAAUCUGAUCAGAAUAAUUACUGGUGUGUAGUAGAGAGAGAUGGACGACCACAAAAAAGCCUAUAUGUUGAUCUUACUGUAAAGGCUUUACCCAGAGUUACAGUGAUAGUAACACCAGACAGAUUUGUGUUCACUGGAGAGACAGUCACUCUGAAGUGUGAGAUAGAGGAUCAGUACAGAAACUGGAGAUAUCUGUGGAAUAACAGUCGUACUGAAAUGUUAAACUCUGGGCGUUACACUGUAAACAGAGACUCUGUCAUUAUUAAUAGAUUUACUGAAUCUGAUCAGAAUGAGUACUGGUGUAGUGCAGAGAUUGAUGGACGACCACAGACUUUAGUAUCAAGCUCACCUGUUAAUCUUACUGUGAAGGCUUUACCCAGAGUUACAGUGAGAGUAACACCAGACAGAUCUGUGUUCACUGGAGAGACAGUCGAUCUGACGUGUGAGAUAGAGGAUCAGUACAGUGACUGGAGAUAUCAGUACAGUGACUGGAGAUAUCAGUACAGUGACUGGAGAUAUCAGAACAGUGACUGGAGAUAUCUGUGGUAUAAAGGCGGAACUGGAAGUUCAGUGUUUGAGGGAAAAAUCUACACCAUCAGAUCACCAUCAGAUCAGGAUGAGUUCUGGUGUAGAGGAGAGAAAUAUGGACGACCAUCAUCCUCACAGGACAGUGAUCAUGUGACUCUCUCUGUUAAAGCUUUACCCAGAGUUACAGUGAUAGUAACACCAGACAGAUCUGUGUUCAUUGGAGAGACAGUCACUCUGAAGUGUGAGAUAGAGGAUCAGUACAGAUCAUUAAACUGGAAAUAUUGGUGGGCUAACAGACAUACUUCAGAGCGUUACACUGUAAACAGAGACUCUCUCACUAUCACUCGAUUUACUCAAUCUGAUCAGGAUGAGUACUGGUGUAGUGCAGAGAUACACGGACGACCACAAUCUUCACGAAGAAGCUCAUCUGUUGAUCUUACUGUAAAGGCUUUACCCAGAGCUACAGUGAGAGUAACACCAGACAGAUCUGUGUUCACUGGAGAGACAGUCACUCUGAAGUGUGAGAUAGAGGAUCAGUACAGUAACUGGAGAUAUCUGUGGUAUAAAGACAGAACUGGGACUGCAGUGUUUAAGGAAAACAUCUACACCAUCAGAUCACCAUCAGAUCAGGAUAAGUUCAGGUGUAGAGGAGAGAGAGAUGGACGACCCUCAUCCUCACAGUACAGUGAUCAUGUGACUCUCUCUGUUAAAGCUUUACCCAGCAUUACAGUGAGAGUAACACCAGACAGGUCUGUGUUCACUGGAGAGACAGUCACUCUGAAGUGUGAGAUAGAGGAUCAGUACAGAUCAUUAAACUGGACAUAUCUGUGGUAUAAACGUGGUAAUGAAGUGUUUAACUCUGGGCGUUUCACUGUAAACAGAGGCUCUCUCACUAUCAAUACAAUUACUCAAUCUGAUCAGGAUAAGUACUGGUGUAGUGCAGAGAUACACGGAAGACCACAAACAAAAUCAAGCUCUGCUGUUAAUCUCACUGUGAAUGGAUCAAAACCAAAACCCAAACUCACAUCAAGUGAAGGAUCUGUACUGACAGGUAACACAGUGACUCUGAAGUGUCACAUUGAUCAUUGGUCUACUGGAGGGAAGUUUUACUGGUACAAAAACACACAAAACACUGAGAAGACGACAACAGAAACAAACUCUUACACAAUCAACAGAGUUAAAGUUUCAGAUGGAGGUCAGUACUGGUGUAGAGCUGGAAGAGGUCAACCAGACUAUUACACAGACUACAGUGAUGGACUGUGGAUAAAUGUUAAAGACAGUCCUAAACCUGUAGUGAGUGUUGAUCCUGACAAACAGCUGUUCAGAGGAGAAACUGUUACUCUGAGAUGUGACAUACAGGAUACAGGAGACACUGAGUGGACAUACAGCUGGACUGCAGAGACAUAUAACUUGUAUAGGCGGUUCUACUGUGACACACAAGAGUGUAAAAUCAACAACAUUCAACAGACUGACAGUGGUAAAUACACCUGUAGAGGAAAGAUACGUGAACACAACACUGAGAUGAGUGAUGCUGUUACACUGACUGUAUCAUCAGAUAAACCACAGACAGUUUUAAGUGUUUCUCCAGACCGGUGGUUGACUGAAGGAGAAUCAGUGACUCUGAUUUGUGAGGUUAGAAGUUCAUCUACAGGCUGGACAUUCAGCUGGUUCACUGUACAGAGUCAUUACUCAGUUGACUAUCAGCUGGUGUCAAACAGCAGUGGAGGAUCUAAAGGCAUCUACACAGUGAGUUCAGUGACUGUGAAGCACACAGGAGUUUAUAUGUGCAGAGCAGAGAGAGGAGAUCCAGUCUAUCACACAGAGUACAGUAACACACAAACACUGUGGAUCACUGGUGUUUCUCCUUCAGUCUCUCUGAUCAUCAGACCCAACAGAUCUCAACACUUCUCAUCUGAAUCUCUCUCUCUGAGCUGUGAGGAUCACAGUAUCUCUACUGGAUGGACAGUGAGAAGAUACACAGACGAACUGAAACCUUGUUCAUCAUCAGACUGGAGAUCUACAGAAACAACAUCUACAUGUACCAUCAGAUCUCUCCACACAUCUGAUACUGGAGUGUACUGGUGUCAGUCUGAAUCUGGAGAGAAACUUCAUCCUGUUAAUAUCUCAGUACACAAUGCUGAUGUGAUUCUGGACAGUCCUGUUCAUCCUGUGACUGAAAGAGAUCCUCUGACUCUACGCUGUUUAUAUCGAGAUAAAAACCCCUCUAACCUGAGAGCUGAAUUUUAUAAAGAUGGAUCAGUGGUGCAGAGUCGGACUACAGGAGACAUGAUGAUCAUCCCUACAGUCUCAAAGUCACAUGAGGGUUUCUACUACUGUAAACACCCAGAGAGAGGAGAGUCUCCAAAGAGCUGGAUCUCAGUCAGAGCCACAAGAUCUUCAUCUCUUGGUCUUAAUCUUGGUUUUGUACUGAGCUUCAUGUUUUUGAUCUUUUUCUUGGUCCUGCUGUGGUGCUACAAAAACAAAAAAUUAUCUCAGUGUCUCUCAGCUGUCAGUCAACAGCAGAACAUCAGUCAGACAUCAGAUCAGAAACAGACUGAAGAUGUUUACACUCCAUUGCCGACUGACAAUGUAAAUGAAUCAGCUGAUCACAUCUAUGCUGAUAUUGAACUGAAACCUAAGAAAGAAAUGAAGAAAAAGAUGAAACACAAGAAAGACAAUGUAAGUGAAGCAGCUGAUCACAUCUAUGCUAAUAUUGAACUGAAACCUCAGAAAGAAAUGAAGAAAGACAAGAAAGGGAAUACCAGUGAAGGUGGGAAAAAUGUGUACUCUAAACUGAAGAAAGGAGGAGGUCAAGGUGUUGCUUUUGGAUCUGUUGAUGUGGCCUACUCUUAGAGGAGGAAAAGAUGGCAAUACAGUAGCUAAUGCUUAAUAUUAUCAAUAUAAAGCUUUGUGUGCAUCAGAGUAAAUGUUUCCUAAACUUUGAUUUUCUAAUAGCAUAAAAGAGUUUACUUAUCAUGUGGAGCGCAGAUGCUCCUUCAAAAAUGAGACAAUGAUAUUAACCGAAUGCUCUCGGCAAGAAAACUGUAAGAAACUAUAGUAAGAAACUCUUUACUAUACUGAAACUACAGUUUCUGUUUUGUUUACAAAUCUGUACAGAAA